GACUUGACCUUGAAGGAGUUGCGGGUGGCGAUGGCCGACAGGGAGCUCUGGCAUGAGCUGGUCCAUGAGGUCACAAAGAGUCAGAAGCAACUGAAUUAAUAAACAACAACAUGCAUGUUUGGAGUGUUGGCAUGACUUUAGAAUGGAAUGUUUUUUUCUAUUCUGGGAUCUUUGGAGGCUAUAUGGAUUGUGAACUCCUACUCAAAACAAGAGAGACUCAACAAACCCUAGAGGUCCAAAGUGUUAUUUUAAAAGAAAAAGUAAACAGCACAAGAUGGUCUUGCAGUGUCUUCUAAAUUGCUGCUCUUGAAGAAAUUGUUCCUCCUUGUUUGGCCAAGGACCCUUUAUUUAUGACUGCUUUAUGAGUUUAAACCUGGGUUAUGCUGGGUUGUUGUGUGUUUUCCUGGCUGUAUAUUAAGAAGUCUUUUGUUUAGUUCCACGUGGAACUACAGUGAAUUAAAUGUGAUUGCAGAGUUGAGAGAAGAACAAAAUUGAACUAUAAUCCUCCAAAGGUCGAUGGCUCCAUGUAUAAAAUUGAACUUGAGGGGAUAUCUGUUGACACUAUGAAAGAGAUUCUAGACUACAUCUUCAGUGGUCAGAUCAGGCUAAGUGAAGACACCAUUCAGGAUGUUGUACAAGCUGCUGACCUGUUGUUGCUCACAGAUCUAAAAACUCUGUGUUGUGAGUUCCUCGAGGGUUGCAUUGCUGCUGAAAACUGCAUUGGGAUCCGGGACUUUGCUCUUCACUAUUGCUUGCACCAUGUCCAUUAUCUUGCCUCCGAAUAUCUGGAAACACAUUUCAGAGAUGUCAGCAGCACAGAGGAAUUCCUGGAACUUGGUCCUCAGAAACUAAAAGAGGUGCUGUCCUUGGAGAAACUGAAUGUUGGGAAUGAAAAACAUGUUUUUGAAGCUGUGAUCCGGUGGAUUUCCCAUGAUCCUGAGCUAAGAAAGGUUCACAUGAAGGAUGCGAUGUCAGCAGUGUGGGUAGCAGGGCUGGACUGUGCCUACUUGCGGGAGCAGAUGAUGAGCGAGCCUUUGGUCCGGGAGAUUGUCAAAGAGUGCAGCAACAUCCCCCUCACACAGCCCCAGCAAGGGGAAGCCAUGCUCGCUUCAUUUAAACCCAGAGGAUAUUCGGAAUGCAUUGUGACCGUUGGCGGCGAAGAACGAGUAUCCCGGAAGCCAUCAUCAGUAAUGCGGUGUAUGUGCCCUUUAUAUGAUCCUAACCGACAACUUUGGAUAGAACUGGCUCCUCUGAGUACGCCCAGGAUAAAUCAUGGUGUUCUUUCAGCAGAAGGGUUCUUGUUUGUGCUUGGAGGCCAAGAUGAUAACAAAGUCACUUUAUGUUCUGGGGAAAAAUAUGAUCCAGAUACCAAUUCAUGGAGCUCUUUGCCACCAAUGACGGAGGCGCGACACAAUUUUGGCUUGGUAGAAAUUGAUGGGAUAUUAUAUGUUCUGGGAGGUGAGGAUGGAGAACGGGAACUCAUCUCCAUGGAGUCCUAUGACAUUUACAGUAGGACAUGGACAAAGCAACCAGACCUGACCAUGAUUAGAAAGAUUGGUUGUUAUGCAGCGAUGAAAAAGAAGAUCUACGCAAUGGGGGGCGGUUCCUAUGGCAAGCUUUUUGAGUCCGUUGAAUGUUACGACCCAAGGACCCAGCAAUGGACUGCUAUUUGCCCUCUAAAAGAAAGACGGUUUGGGGCUGUGGCGUGUGGCGUGGCUUCGGAGCUCUACGUCUUUGGUGGGGUGAGAAGUCGGGACGAUAACCAAACCAGCGAGAUGGUGACCUGCAAAUCAGAAUUCUAUCAUGAUGAAUUUAAGAGGUGGAUCUACUUGAAUGAUCAGAACUUAUGCAUCCCAGCCAGUUCUUCAUUUGUGUAUGGAGCUGUUCCCAUUGGAGCUAGCAUUUAUGUGAUUGGAGAUCUGGAUACAGGUACCAACUACGAUUAUGUUCGGGAAUUUAAAAGAAGCACCGGAACAUGGCACCACACAAAGCCGCUCUUUCCCUCGGAUCUUCGCCGGACGGGAUGUGCCGCUCUACGGAUUGCCAACUGCAAACUCUUCCGGCUGCAGCUCCAACAGGGAUUGUUCCGCAUCCGUGUCCCUUCGCCUUGAGAGAGGCCUCCAGAAAGUUGAGGAGCUAGGAAGAACUUGAGAGAAGAGGGCUGCCACCAUAACAAUUUAGCUUUAUAUAGAGGAGAAACAAACAUCUUGCAGCAGAAACACAAACUGCAUGUCCGAUUGCAGUAUGGUAAAAGUUCUAACUUUGCUUUCAGCUGCUUAAGUGCUUCAGCCUCAGCGUUUAACUGAAGGCGAGUCAUUGUACACUAAUAAAUGGGCAAAGUGGAGUCACCUUACCUAAAAAUGCGAGACCAUGUGAUCGAAACAAUUUAAUCGCUUUGGAGGUGGCACAUAGGAUCUUAAAAAGGAAGCCUGCUGAAAUAGUGGCAGGAAAAAGUGCGAGAAUCUCCAAAGGGAAUGGUUACAGAUAAUCUUGGGUAGCGUUGAUAAUUUAAGAAAUACUGCAUGAAAACCAAUCUCACUAAAAUACCAAGAGAGGCUCCGCUGUGGAGAGAGAUGGGCAAUUGCACCUUUAUUUACUUCAAGACUUCUUCACAAUUCUGAGGUCUGUGCCUGAAAGGAUAGCAUUGUACAUACAUUUUUAGUGUGUUUCAUUUCUAAGAUUUUUUAAAAUAUAUUUAAAAUGGAUUCAGUCGAACUAAGAGGUCUAAUACAAUAGAAGAUUGAUGACUGCACAGAUUUUUUUAAAAAAAAUCUUGUAUACAUCAAGGGAUCUAAAGUUCUCAUUGUGGAGCAGCACACGAUAGCUGUGCAGAGGCCGGAUGCUGCGCCUUCCUCAUUCAGUGCAGACAUUGGAAGGCUGGGCUUUCUACCAUUGAAAUAUCUAUGCAAUGGAUGGGAGUGUGCAGCUUUUUGUAAAGGUUUAAUUUAAUUUUUUUCCCAAAUAGAACUACAGCUAUCUUUCUACACAACUUGAAAACUGAUGCAGGUUUACAGAAUUGAUCAUUUUCAUAAUUGUACAAGUACACGGAAGUGAGGAAGAUAGAAUAUCGAGCAGGGGGGCGUUGCUUUUUAGGCUACUGUGGGAUUGAAUGGUCAAAUAGUAGGCAGUCCCCAAAUUACAAACAAGAUAGUUUCUGUAGGUUUGUUCUUAAGUUGAAUUUGUUUGUAAUUCAGAACAGGUACAUUUUUAAAAUGUAACUUACCUAAAAUUAUAUAUAUAUAUUACUUUGGAUCAGAUGAUUUCACCUCAUUUUCUGUCCCUGUGAGAAUUGGAUUUUGAGAAAUUUGGCUUGUUGUGGAAAUGAUUGGAGAUAAAAUUUCAGUGGAGACCUGUUUUCCCCAUGGAGUUGUUUUCAGGAGUGAAUUUUCCUUCUGAGGGGUAGCUUUCUCUCAUUUCCUGUUUGUCUCAGUCUCGUUCUUAAUUAUGAGUAAUUUGUAAGUCAGAUAUUUGUACCUCGAGGACUGCCUGUAAUGCUUUUCUGACUCUGUAGAAGUGUGUUCAGGGUCAAAAGCCGGCUUAUAGAGGACCUCUUUGUAAAAUACAGUUUGCUGUGUACAGUAAACUUUAAAUGCAGUUAUUUUUGUUAUUUUCCAAGAUUUUAAAAGGUUUUUUCCCCCUCACAAAUAUUAAUAUUUAAUUGCAUUUACAUGAUGAACUUCUUUCUGGUAGAGCACAAUUUACCUCACUUCUUAAAAUUUUAUUUUGUUUCUUUGUUAGUGAAACAUAAUAAUAUGGAAAAAAAAUCCACUGGCCCUUUUCAGCUGUUUUACCCCACCAUAAAUGUGGUGUGACACAGCUGGAAAUGUCAAAUGUCUGUUAAAGCAUGUAUAUUGUUAGAAUACAGUGUUUUCUGCUCUGGAAAGUUGUAGAAUCUCAGCUGUAACUAUUAUUAUCCUAGAUGCUGGUCUUGUUUACAUCAGCAAUAUUCCUGUUGUUGUUUUGGAGUACAUUGGAAAGGGAGACCACAAUUAAUACCCAGUAAACCGAACAGCUAUAUCUGAAUUGGAUUUUCCCCUAAAAUCUAUGGGGUUUUGGUGUGAUCCAAUCAAAAGAUGUACAUAUUUGGAUUACCAUAUUUCUUGAAAGACCAUCAAUGGUGAGACACAUCACCAACAAAAAUAUGGUACAUAAAAUAUACCUCCAGUUCUAAUACACAAACCCAUCUUAGAGAUGUUUAUCUAGAGGGAAGAUGAAUCUGAAGAAAUGCAGUAGUACCGUGUAAGUCUAGCAGUUUUAGAGGGUGGCAAAAGACAAAAGCUUAAUCCCUCCCAGGACAACCUAAAAGAAGUAUCAGCCAUUUCUGCUGUCUCCACCUUUACACUGCUUCUGGAUUUAUUGAAUGCCUGAGUGGAAAAAUAGAAGCAAUUGCCAGUUUUCUUGCAUUGUCCUAUGUUUUACCCUCAACUUACCCAUGGGUUGUAUCAAAGUCCAUAAUUUGGGCCUCAAAACAUGCCUUUGACGUAUACAUGAGAUGGGCUUGUACAGUAUAUAUGGCAUUUCUCCUGAGAGAGAACAUAGAAGGUGCAAUCAUAUGGACUCACCCAUAUGUCCUUGUGAGUUCCCAAUUCCUUUCUCAGCAUGCAUAGAAUAUCGGUCAUGAGCAUAAGCUCAACGUAGAUACAGUGUGUUGGCGGGAUGUCUUUUCUUUCUUAGGCCCCAUCUACACAGCCAUGUAAUGUGGCAUAGGUAAUGGAUUAGCAUGAGGUGUCUAAAUGACGUUCCAGAUAAAUCUGUUUAAAUAUGGAAUAAACUUAAUUAUCCAGGUUUGUCCCAGGCUUAAAAAUAUCUUCAAAUGUCCAAGCUUUCCAUAUGCUUCUGCAAAGGUGUUUAGAGUGGCUUGUAGGUCUUCUGAAUGAGCACAGGCUACAUUAUCAUCAACAUAUUGGAGUUCUGUAACAGACGUUGUGACCUUGGUUUUGGCUUUCAGUCUGCUGAGGUUAAAUAGUUUGCCAGCAAUCCAAUAGGUGAUUUCUACACCAGUGGGAAGCUUCCCAUCAGCAAGAUGCAGAAUCAUAGCCUCAAAUAAGGUUGAGGCAAUAACACAUUUCUGUUUGACACCUGGUUCCACCUUAAAUGGGUCACUUUGGGAGCUAUUGCUGUCCACGACUGUUGGCAUCAUGGAGGAGCUGCAGGAUGUUUACAAAUUUGUCAGGGCGUCAGAUUUUUAGGAGGAUGAUCCAAAAGGCAUUGUGAGGUCAUUGUGUUCACAAAUGACCAAGUAUGAGCACUGCUAUCAGCAUGACUCUGCUGAAGUUGCUCACUGCCUAUUUGAAUUUGUGGUGCAUUGAAUAAGUAGAUCAUGAGGCCACAGAUGAUGCGGAUUGUUGUUGUUAUUGUUAUACCUUGUUUUUCCCCUCAGGAGAGAGACUCAAAGCAGCUCACAACAUCAGGCUCACUAUAUUGCCAAAUGCAGCCCACCAAAUGGCAAAAUGUGAUUGGACUAGGUCAAUCAGUAAUUAGGAUGUAACUAGUAAUGGGUUGCCAACAUAGGCAAAGUACCUCUAUUUCGGUCACCAGAGAAUACCCCAAAUGUUGCUGCAAUUGAAAUAAAUAAAAUUUGGCUUUGAGUAUUUAUAGAGGAACUGAUAGGGGAUAUAGUAGAACUAGCUGGCUUGAGUUGACACAUCUGGAAUUUUUCUAUAGCCACACAGGGAAAGGUCUCUGAAUAUAUCAAAGUUGCAACCAUUUGUAGGAUUACUUGGCUGGCUUUUAGAUUUGGGGCAAUGCUGCCAUUUCUCUGUGGCUGAAAUCCAAAAUGUUGCAGCUGCUUAAGGCCACAGUGCGGUUGAACUCCUACCCCUUCCUUAUCUGCACCUUUCAAAGGUAUCUGAAGACCAACUUAGGAGGUUUUCCCAGCUCUCUGGAAUUGAUAUUUUGGCCGUAUAGAGAUGUGAGGAGAAAAUAUGGCUCCAUUCCUUUUCUGUUGGAUUCUGCUGUUCCAUCAACAAAUCCACAGUUGGAGCUUCUGCUGUGUUGAACUUAGAUUCUAAUCAAACUCUUGAAUUAGCAUUGUGUAGUAAGUGUACUCUAGGAUACGAUUUAAAACUCUGUUUAUUUUAUUCAGACUUUUAUUUUUUAUUCCAGGUAAAAAGAAUAGAAAUCAAAGCUGGGUUUUUUUUUCAAAGUAAGUUUUUAUGAAGUGAAUUUCAUACAGAAUAUGAGAAAGAAAAACAUUUAAAGAUAAUUGAAUACAUAAAAUACAGGUAUGCCAUUUCCCCAAACCCCUCACCCCCUUUGGGUCGCCAUUCUCCUCCUCUCCUUCAGAAAUGUACCCUUUCACUUCUUCCACAGGCAAUGCACUAACAGUCUUUGUCAGGGUUCUCUACUAUUUUAGCAAAGUCCUGGAAGCUUUUCCUUGCAGCCAGUAGUAAGAAUCCAAGCUGCCCUUUGUAGUUUAGGAAGAUAUCUUCUGGAAAACGCAACACCACACACAAGUUGUUUGUUCCAAGUUAUUUAGGAAGGCUUUUAUCUUCAGUUGCAGUCUGUACAAAGGUAUCUACAACACUAUGAACCUACAGCUCUCUUUGUCUUCUCCAAUCCACACUCCACCAGCCACUACAACUCAAAAUCACCCCAACUCCAAACUCACCAAACACUCCUCCACAAAGCACACAGAAUACCCUUCCCCAGUGUAUCAGCCACCACCUGUUUGCUGCAUGUGAAUUGGCAAUUUACUGAUGGUGGCUAGGCCUCAGUUUUUGCUUCUAUUUGCCAUCCAAGAUUAUAGUGUAUAUGCAAACUCUUGACAGUCUUUCCCUUAAACAGUUUCUUUGCUCAGUAUUUAGGUCAGAUUUGCUUCCAAAAGCACAGAGCCUCUAUUCGUCACACAUAAUUUAGUCUGCAAUACCAAAAAAGCUGCUCUAGGUACCAAAACAAUUUCUAUGCAGGUACUACAAAUCUCAUCCAUUAGAGAAGAGAGUUUUUAAAUAAAAAAUGGAGCUUGUAAUUAAUUUUUUUCGUAUGUAAAUAACAUACAUCUCAGAUUUUUUUAAAUGAAGAAGGACCACAGGGACUUGUUGUUUUUCUUAAUUUAUAUUACAAAACUGCCUUGGAAAACCUCACUGCCUGUGAUACGUAUGGACUCUGCUGUCUUAAUAGUAUUCUAGGGCCAUGCAUUCAGAUAGGAGAAAACAGCCAGCAAUAUUUUUGAUUUGCAUACAUAUUUUAAAUUAUGGAAGAACUCCUUCCCUGUGGCUCCAAUCUGGACUCGUGGGAAGACAUAGACACAGGGCUCAAUGGGGCUUCCUUCAUUUGCUCUCAUCUUCUAAUUAAUUGGAGCCUGUCAUACAUUUUCUAGCCAAGCCAUUGGAUGGGUGUCUGGAGAACGAUGCAUGUAGAUCUCCUUUGUGAGUUGGGGCAGAGAGACCAGCAGUCCUCAUAUACCAAAGGACAAACCAGAUAGAUAAGAAUAUCCCAUUAAUCAAAGUGCUGAUCACCUCCUCAGUCAAUAUCCACAUCUUCCUGAUGGGCCCCAAGACUAUGGGCAAUGCAGUUCAGAUACAAAAGGACCAUAUAGCUCCAUUGUCUGGUUACUUAAAUGAUAAUGCCUUGUUUUCCUUGCUAUGGCAGGAGAUAUCCAGAAUCAUUAAAAUAUUUGUGUAUGGCCCUUGGAUCUAAUCAAAUGUCCUGUGGCCUUUAUAUGAUCAUAAGUGAAAUCUUUUUAGUAAUAAUUUGUACAUUUUCUGUUCAUAGUUGUGUGUCUUCAGGUCUUUUCUAGCCCACAACAAUGUUGUCACGGGUUUUUCAAACCCUGCUGUCUAGAGUUAUAGUCCAAGGCUCAAACCACUGCACUAUGCUGCCUCUUGUAAUAUUAAUAGUUUAGUUCUAGAACUAGUUCUCCGUUAUGAGCUCUCACCAAGGAUAUACUUCAAUAUAAGAGGGUUCCAAGUACUACUUAUCAAAAGGCAUUUGUUUUGUUGAUUUCAUUUAUGUGCCACCAAAGAGUCCAAGGGGAAUGUGUGGUGUUCUACCUCCCUGCUUUAUCUUAACACAUGAGAGGGUGAGACCAAAAUCUUGGUGCAGCAAUAUAUCUUGAUUAAAACCAGUUUCCAUGUGAACUUGUAUUUUCCCUCCUGAAUUGUUAAUCAAAUAAUGAAGAAUUUAUAUGUAAGCUCCCUCAAGUUUGUUCAAAAUAAGAAACUUUUUCAGUGUAAUAGUAUAUGGCAAAUUCAACAAGGAGUAUCCUUUUACUAUAAAGGAAAGAAACAUUUCUGCUGGUUGUUUAGAAACAAGUGGGUCGGUACUGAGAGUAGGUUUGGAUGGUUUGUUUGUUACAUGGUACUUAGUUGCUGAUUGAUAGGAAGCCAACUGAGAGUUACAGUGUAGGUGAUACCCAGGAAAGAGAAUUUGGGCUUGCUGCACCAAUUUAUCCAUCUCCCAUUUGCUUUGAAAAAGUCCUGGAGAGAAAACUCCUUUUGUUGGCUUUCCAUGACCCAUUUGAUUGAUCUUGUUAACCACCUGAGAGUUUCUGCUGAAAAAGGAGACAGGAUAUUAGUCUUGAUAAGCUCCACAUUGAAUUAAAGUUAGCCUAUCAAUAUAGCCAUGAAGUUCAAUGUUUUUUCCGUAUUAAUAAUAAUAAUAAUAUACUUGAUUUAUAUUCUGCUCUAUCUCCCUAAGGGGACUCAGAUCAGAUUACAUAUACGGCAAACAUUCGAUGCUGUUAUACAAUUAACAACAAAGACAGACAAUACAUAGACAGAGGCAAGGCUUCCCUCUUUUUUCAUCUCUGGCAUCUGGAGGCUAUGUUUGACUUGGCCAUGGAAAGGUGCUGUUCCAUUUUCCACCCCAAACAUGUUGCCCCUUCCUGAUCGAAUUGCUGGUAUGUCAUCAAGGCGCCUUUUUACCUCCCCGCCAAAGUAAUACCUGUUUAUCUACUCACAUUGCUGUUUUCGAACUGCUAGGUAAGCAGAAGUUGGGGCUGACAGAGGGAGCUCACUCCUACCCACAGCUUGAACUGCUGAUCUUCCGAUUGGCAAGAUUUUCUAUAGCUGGUGGUUUAACCCACUGUGCUAACUGUGGCCCCUAUGUUAUGUUUGAUUUCAGAUGUUGAAAUAAAUGAACAACAAGAUUUUGCCUUCAAUUGUGUUUUAACCAUUAGCUAUAGCCAGAGAGAGAGAGGGAAUGCAUGCAGGUUGCAUUGGAAUUUUCCAGCCUUGUGCUUCGCAUGCGCGCAAACAACCAUUGCUCUUUCAAUUUGGUCCAAAGAGUCCGUGGUUUAUUCUGCUUUGAUACCAAGGGCCUUGGUCUUUCCAUUCGUAAAGGUGCUAUUUUGACAUAACGUCUGAAUUCUCGACCACUACACUUGAAAAGUUUACAUGUUUAACCAUUACUUGAUUGGGGAUCCUUAGCUAGUGGUGACCAGUUCAUCAUUCCAUUAUUAGUUGAGGAAAGGAAAAUGGUGUAUAUUUAAUUAUUUUUAUCUUUAUUUAUGCUUCUAAUUAAAUAUAAUAAAUAUCAUUUACUGAAGUCUUUCCCCUUCCCUUUUUGUUUCUUUUCUUUUUUUGCAGUCUGUAUGGCUGUAAAAUGAAGUGUUUCAUGUACGUAAGAGAUCUUUCCCAAAAGUCCCUGAUGAAAUGGUUCAGAUCUCUUUUAUCAAUUCCCAAGAAGCAUCAGUAGUUAAAUAUAAAAAGUUAAAUCCAGUUGUUGGUUUCAACUGGCGUUGAGAGAACUUAUAUAAGGGUUGACUUAACAAAGUUCCCAUUAAGUCGGUGUUUCUAGUUGGGACUAACUGGAUCUAGUUAGAUUUUAGCCAAAACAAUUAGGUGGCUUGGUCUUUAAAAUAGUACUUGGGGCAGGAGGAGUCUAAUGAAAAAUGAACCAAAAAUGUACUUAGAAUUCUUUGAAGAAGGAGAGAAAUAGCCAAACUGAAUAUGGCAUGAAAGACAUCGCUAUGUCUCUUGUUUGUCCGCUUCUUCAUUUAUAACAUUGUGGUGGGAACCCUCAAUUGUAUUGGGACCACAAAGGGAGAGUAUCAGUCCUUUCUCAUGCUAUCUUCCCAGCAGAAAAAUAUUUAUUUGUGUCUGAAUUGACAAAUUAAGUCAAGUGCUUCAAGCAGAACAGUUCCUAGCCCUAGAUUGCUCUCCCAAAUUGCACAUUUGAUACAUGUACUCUACGUACAAUUAAUACUGCCUUCCUGUUAUAUUUUCUCCUGUUAGAGCUUAAAUUUAAGUUCAGACAUUUGAGUUAUCCCAAUUCCUAUUCUCACCACUAAUGUGAGCUUAUAGAAGAUUCAAGUAAAGAACUCUUUUUGCUCAGCCGCUGUAUAAAUCCAUUGUGGGCAAAGCUUCUUCCAAGAGUAAAUAUUUUCACCCUCUUGUCUUGCUAUUUGCUUGCCUCCACAGCUAUGCAAAUUUACUAUAUGUACACUUUUGGAAAAGGCUAUGUAGCUGAGAGGUAAUGUCUAAAUGUUCUUUAAAUGUUUCUGCUUUCUGCCAGGGCAUUCAGCAAGGCAGUUGUGAACUUAUUGUGAUUACAUGAAAACACUCAAGUAAGGCCAUCCGCAUCUUCUCUUUUGGGUGAUGGCCAUUUGACAUUCCAGUCAGAACGACUACCUCUGGUUUAUCUGGUUCAGGAAAAAAGACAAACAUAGGUAUGUGUAAGCACAUAGGUUGCCUAAUAGUCAUUUGUGUCUGAGUUAGUACUUCCCUUUGACUUACUUACAAGGCAGCCACGUUAGUUGCUGGGCAAGUUUUCAUUCUUUGUCCUAUUUGCACAUUUGGGUUUCACUGAGCAGGGAAAAUGUAUUUCAUUUUAGUUCACAUAACAAUUACAAGUUAUAAUAUAGCUUCCUUUGAUGGGAUCAGAAAAAAAAUGAUUGUAAUAUCUUCUUUUAUUAGUGGCUCAAUGUAUUUGAGUUGAUAUUUUUAGCCUUGUAUGGCAUUGUUCAUACAGCAGUUAGAUGUUGCUUGUGCUUUCAACACAUCCACGUUGUUUAAUCACAGAAAUUCGGUUUAUUUAAGGAAAUGUACCAUUUUGUACUCUUCAAAGUGGCCUUUUGGGAGGAGAAGCACACACUAUAUGAAAUUGGCAUUGUAUCACUGUGCAAUUUCAGUGGAUUUUUCAAAAUGGACAAUGGCUAUGCUUCUAUGAAGGAAAUUCACUCUUUUGUCAGAAAGUAUGCGGGAUCAAUGGGCCAAAAGUCCAUAUUUUCUGUCAUUGUAUGUUUUGCUGUUGGUGUUAUGGACAGCCACGUGGGCUUCAGUGUCAAGAAAUAUAUACAAGGCUUUAAAGAAAUCUGUUAGAACCAGUUACAAUGAUUCUCAGCUUGUGGGUCUCUAGGUGUUUUGGCUUUCAACUCCCAGAAAUCCUAACAGCUGGUAAAUUGGCUGGGAUUUCUGGGAGUUGUAGGCCAAAACACCUGGGGACCCACAGGUUGAGAACCGCUGAGUUAGAGUGAACAUAGUAAGUCAAUUCCUGAAUAGUAAAUUAACAUCUAAAUAAAUCCAGGUCUAUUUUAGUGGGACUGCAGAUAGCACUGAGGCCAAGAAUCAUUCUCUAAUAGGGGAAGAUAAUGGACCAGCACUCCUUCCCAUGGAAUCUACAUACAUCAUGUAUAGGGAUUAACAUUUGCCAUUUGUAAUAUUGUUAGUCACAAUAUAUUUGUGAUGUCAAUGGUAGAUAAGAAGUGCACCUUUAAGAAGAAAAUGAUAAAGAACAAUGUCUUGUAGGAAGGCUUUCAUGGCCGGAAUCACUGGGUUGCUGUGAGUUUCCGGCCUGUAUGGCCAUGUUCCAGAAGCAUUCUCUCCUGAUGUUUCACCCACAUCUAUGGCAGGCGACCUCACAGGUUGCGUGGUCUGUUGGAAACUAAGCAAGUGGGGUCCUCUAUCCACUAUAUCUAUGGAAUGAUGUCCAGGGUGGGAGAAAGAACUCUUGUCUGUUUGAGGCAGAUGUGAAUGUUGCAUUUGGCCACCUUGAUUAGAAUUGAAUGGCUUUGCAACUUCAAAGCCUGGCUGCUUCCUGCUAAUCAAGGUGACCAAUUGCAACAUUUACACUUGCCUCAAACAGACAAAGAGUUCUUUCUCCCAACCUGGACAUGCUGCAGAUAUAUUAACCUCACUUGCCUCAUUUCCAACAGACCUCACAACUUCUGAGGAUUCCUGCCACAGAUGUAGGCGAAAUAUCAAGAGAGAAUGCUUCUGGAACAUGGCCAUACAGCCUGGAAAACUCACAGCAACCUAGAGAUAAAGAACAAUCACAGACAUGUGCAGCAUAUUAUCACUUAUGUGAGAAAGAGAGUCUCAACAUGGAGCUUAUCAGAAGCAAGCAGUUAAGAAAAAUAAGUUAGUACUUUGUGACACAUAAUUAUAAAACAUAGUUCUUUUCAUCCAUUAACAUUUACAGCUGAACUGCUGAAUUUCAGAAUUUUUUUUAUUUUUUCUUACCUUUGAUGUUAUGAUGGCCAUGCAAAUGACUAACAUGAAAAAUCCAGAAUCACAAAUUGUAUGGGAACCAGACAUGGAGGCCUGAUUAAAAAGUAUCCCCACAUAUGCACAACUUCACCUAUCUUUAACCACUAAACAAUGUUUGAUAAAAUGUUGCGUUAAAUUGCAAACCAAACAACUGAACAAUUAACAUGAAUAAGUUUUAGAUUUUUCUAGAAUGGCAGAGAUUUGUCUUAAGUUGCCUGUUCAGUGCCAUGUGGAUGUUCACAAUUCUAAAUCCUGCAGAUUGCCGAUACUAGUGAUAAUACACUUGUUGCUGUCGGUGCUAACGCACCAUCCUCUGCAAAUCUAAAGGGCCGUGGUGACUAACGUACCUCCAAGUUUUAAUUUCUUCGAAUCGGUCAACAGGGUUUGUUCAGUUGUCAUACUUCUCUGUAAGAUGCCCCAAAGCAUGUCCACCACAUUCCUUCCUAUUACAAUGCCGAAUGGAGGUUGUAGAACAGGCAUGGGCAAACUUGGGCCCUUUGGGUAUUUUGGACUUCAACUCUCACAAUUCCUAACAGCCUCAGGCCCCUUCCUUUUCUCCCUCAGCCGCUUAAGCAACAUCAACUUUCCAUCAUCUGAGGCUGACGAUUCAUUCCAGCUAAGACUUUUUUGGUAAAACUGAAGCUACUUGGAACCAUCUGUAAACAAUGGAAUGCAGAAUGAGCUUUAUGGAUUCUGCUCUGUUUGGUUUUCCUUUUCUUAUUCCUUAUCUAUCCAUUGUACAUCAAAUAUUAAUUGGUGCAGAUGGGUGAAUAUUUUAAAAACUGUAGGAUGUUUUCAGAUAUGACAUUGACCAUAGGGCCAAGACAAAUUAAGUCCCAUCCUCAUAAUUCAGGAGUUUGGGGUGCAACUCCCAUUAGCCCUAGCCAACCUAACAAGUGGGUUAUGAGAGUCUCACUCCGAAACCAUGUUUGCCUGCUCCUCUAGAAUUGUGCUACCCUUUCCGCUUGUUGGACAUCUUUUCCUUUAUGGCAUCUGAACAAAUUCAUAGUUAAGUAAGUGUCGUGUUGUUCGUUUAUUGGGUUUUUUUGGUGUAUGGGAUGCUGUGUCUCUUAUUAGCUUGGACUUUUCAGUACAAAAUCGAUGUCAGAACCACUAUGGUUGAGCUUGUUUCAGUGUUGUGCAUGCUAACUCCUACGGUUAUAUUUGAAGGGAAAAAACUGUGCAAUUUUAAUGGCACUUUGUGAUUGAUUCGUGAAACCUGGGCUUUGCAAUGGAACAUAGGAUACUGAUGCGUAACAAAUAUCUUAGUAUUGUUUGUGCUGUUUGUAUGUCUUCAAGUGAUUUGUCAGUGGCUGGUGUUUUCUCUGGGUUUUUUUUUAAACGUUGUGAUCCUGAAAAAUUGUGUUGGGGGAUACUGUUGUAAAACUGAAAUGCAUAUUUUUAUUAAUUGAUUUGAGAGAAAUCAGGGCUUUGAUCCAGAAGCCCUGAUAAACAGACACAACUCUGUGUUGUUGAAGGCUUUCAUGGUUGGAAUCACUGGGUUGCUGUGAGUUUUUUUGGCCUGUAUUGCCAUGUUCCGGAAGCAUUCUCUCCUGACAUUUUGGCCACAUCUAUGGCAGGCAUUCUCAGAGAUUGAGAGGUCUGUUGGAAACUAGGCAAGAGGAAUGUGUUAUCGAAGGCUUUCAUGGCCGGGAUCACAGGGUUGUUGUAUGUUUUUCAGGCUGUAUACUUCUGGGACAUGGCCAUACAGCCCGAAAAACAUACAACAACCCUAGGCAAGUGGAGUUUAUAUAUCUGUGGAAUUAUGUCCACGAUGGGAGAAAGAGCUCUUUGUCUAUUGGAGGCAAGUGUGAAUGAAAACGGGAAUUCCAGACAUGAAACAAUCAGGGACAGCUAAUCACCUCCCAACAAAGGAUUCCUCCAGGCAGGAAGCAGCCAGGCUUUGAAGCUGCAAUGUCAUUCAGUGCUAAUCAAGGUGGCCAAUUGCAACAUUCACACUUACCUCCAACAGACAAGAGUUCUUUUUCCCACCAUGGACAUUCCACAGAUAUAUAAACCCCAUUUGCCUUGUUUCCAACAGACCUCACAAUCUCAGAGGAUGCCCGCCAUAGAUGUGGGUGAAACGUCAGGAGAGAAUGCUUCCGGAACAUGGCCAUACAGCCCGAUAAACUCACAGCAACCCAGACACAAUUCUGUGUGUCUGGGGGCUUCCUAGUUCUGAACCAAGCCAAUACAUGUUGUGUUUCUCCUCCUCCUGUAAAGAUAGAUGCAUCUUCAGUCUCUACACUCAAGUUACAACAGGCUCAAUCCCAUGUUUACAUCUUGUUGGCCACUUCUUUCAAAAUGCAACUGGUUAUUUUACAGCCAUCUGCGGUACCCAUGCAAGGAUUUUUGGGGACACACCAACACUUUGCCAGUUCACACUCCUGGCUUUCUGCUCUUUUAAAUCAAAACACUUCCAAAAGCUGCACUCUUCUCCUCUCCUAAUAUCCGUGUUCUCCCCUACAAAAACUACAUCGGCUUUAACUCAGACAAGAUCAAAACCCUUUGUAUGAAUUAGUGCUGGAUCAAAUCCAAUAUAUUGCAGUAUUUGCUUCGGGAUCAUUUCACAUGCUCUUUAUCCACCAGUCUGAAUUCCUUUAUUCUCACGGGUCUCUUUUUGAGGUUUACAUAUAUUUUUAAAAAUGCAAAAAGGGGUACAAAAUGGUUCUUGGAUUAAGUAGCAUGUUGUUUACAUUUUCCGUAUACUGUUGGGCAAGUUGGGGGCUUUUGUUCUUGGUUUAAGUUUGUGCUCUAGGGCUCUGGGGCCACUGUGCGGAUUGUGGCGUAAUACUGUACUAAGGAUCAGUGAGAAGCGUGUUCUCUUUUUUAAAUGUAGUUUGUAUUGACCGGGUUUUAUAAAUUGUACAAUAAAAGAGUGUCGUAUUUUGAUCUGAAAUUUGUGUACGGUAAAAGUCACUUUAUGUGUUGGAGGUUUGUCAAAAACUUGAAUUAUUUUGUAGAAGGGUUCAGACCAACAUUGAAUUGUCUUAAAUUAAUUAAUGAACUAACCAAAUAAACAUUUUAUGAUUUGCAUACA